UUUCCUCACUGCGGCCAUCAGUCUUCGUUCGGUCGGUAACAGUUAAAGACGCUUAACAUUCCUACGGUCGGCAUUCACAACGUUCCUCGGAUGGAUGGUUUAGCUCUGUGUUAUUGUGUGUUAUUCUUCUAUAUGGGAAUCAAAUCAAAAUAGCAAUGGGCAAGAAAUAACAACGACAACAAAGCCAAAAGAAAUUGCAAAGGAAACAACAAAAGUGCCAUCAUUGCCACGCCACUUGGCUUAAAGUGUUCCUAACGACAAUUGUGUAAUUUUAAACUUUUCCUAAGGGUUGUUCGUUUGUUCUUUCAUUGGUCACUUUCAAUGGCUGAUGAUCAUUUUUGGUAAACGGAAUAAAAAGCGUAGCAAAUAACAAACAAUACCGUCAGGAGUUUAAAGUAAAUGAAUAAUAAUUCGCAACUCCCUUUAAAGGCAAUGGAAGAAACGUAAUUUGUGAUAUUGUGCAAAAAAUUUAAGCUUCGUUUGCAACGCUGAAUUGUGAAGUGUUUACAACAUAAGUGGCCAUCAUCUACAAAUUAAAUUAUUCUUUACGGUGCUUCAUGGCAAUGACAAGCGGUUAAAAGAACGCUAAGCCAGUAGGGCAAAAGGAUAACUCCUCAAGGUCUUGUGGAAUUAAAAGAGACCCCGAAAGAGUGCCCACAACAGUGACUUAACAACACGGCGAAUAAUAGUAGAAAGGACCAAAGAAAAAAGUGAAAUGCUUCGUAACGAAUUUUCUCCAAUUUCAUUUGUGACCAGUGGCAAUGUCAAUGCCAUUAGGCAUAAAUCUUAACAGAAAUCAUUGGAGGCUACAUUCGAAAUCACCUUAAUUCAUGCUAUUUUAAGGCCAUUUCAAGCCAACCGAUGUCGAGGCUUCUUGUUCAAUUCGCAGACAGCCAGUGAGUCCUUGAUAACUUUAUGGAAAUGUGGUGUUGCUUUGUGGCCCCAAAACUUUGUUCGAACAACUAACUUGGCUGUUGUUGUUGUUGGUGUUGUUACAGCAGCUAGGUCUUAUCAGUUUGGUGGCUGUAUAACACUCGACUAACUUUAUCAAAUGCCACAGAUAAGAACUCUCGUGGAUGAUAGUACCUUUUAAUAACCGCUGAAGCAACAUGGCUCCAUUGCUGUAGGGCAAACCAGACGCAGCGGCCCCAUCACAAUUCCCGGCCAUUAUGGACACCCACAACGAGUAAACCGCACCUCCGCCACCAACAACAGCAAGCAAAGAGGCUACCUAUCACUUUUAGCCCAAGGACAAAAUUCUAAAAUGGCAUUAAGUGGCCAGUCAUUGGGCUGAGGAUUGGCAGGCAUUCAUGUGUACGAGUAUCUGAAGGACUUCAGACAAAAAGCGCCAAAACAGUUACCAGCUGAAAACCACACAAAGACAAAAGGAUGAACAAAGGAUAAGGGAAAGUGUAGCACCAGCAACAUACGCACACUUAUUCCACACACACACACACACAUACACACAGACAGACGCAUAUGUGAAUUUAAAACAACAAUUGCGCUUUGCGACAUUUAAGAGGCUUUGUUUUGUAGCCUUAAAAGAAUACGAAAAAAAACACAACAAAAGACAUUGCCUUUAGAUAUUGCCGUGCAUUUGAGUGGUGACAAAAUUUGUGAGCUUAUAAAUUGUAUUUUAUUGCGGUUCUUUAAAACUGCAAAAAUUCUAUAAAGAAAAUACUUUCAAGUGAAAUAACGGAAUUAUAAAUAGUUUCUCUUUCUUGGCACAUGAUUAGAUUAGAAAACUAAGAGGGAAACAUUGAUCUGUAAACCCUGUAUUGGGAUAUUAGCGUGCCAAUCAAAACCCCAUUAUUAUUCGCCAACUGCCAAUGUAUCAGCACCAUUGGCACUCGGAAGCAAGGUAUCAUCGUUGCUGCCAACAUAUGCGGUUCCACUUAUCCCCAUAUCUUGUCAUGGCUUUCCUCAAUUUUUUCGGGCGAGUGUUUUCAUAUCAAACGGUUAUUGAGUUUAUGUGAACACCUCCUUUGCAAAAGCCAUACUACAUACUAGUGAGAAAGUCUAUCAGCAACAUCGUCGCCAUCAGUAGGAGCCACCAUCUUUUGCAACGAGCAACGGAAGAAUCAAGUCUCAUCUCAUUUCAACAUCAGCAAUAACACCAUCUGCGGAUACUUCGACACAGUUUCUUUUUCUUCUUUGGAUCGGAAAAUAUAAAUCACAAUGGCCAGAUUUACAACAGCCCUUGGUCGAAAGCGCUUGCAGAAAUUUUACAUUAAUUACGUACCUUUUUCUUACAUCGAACAACAAAAUGGCUUCGACAACGGCAUCAGUGGUUUUGCCCUUUAGAGUGCAAUGUUUGCAUAUGGCAUUGGACAACAGCGGCGACAACAGCAACAAUUCCAUUAGCAAUUUGAAAACUGUGAAUACUUUUGUUAAAUUCCACAACAAUGAGACCGCCAAUGCAGAAAACAGCAUUGCAACAAAAUGAGGCAAAUCGCUUGCAACAGCAACAACAGCAUCAACAACAACAGCAAUCUGUGCAUCUCAUACCACAAAAGCAUUUACAACAGCAAAAACAACAAUUGCAAUUACCAUUGCACGCACUAGCAAAUGACACCACAACAACAGAGACAAACGCCGAGCACCUCAACGGGGACAGUAGCCUAAUAACCACGGUGACAUCGGCAGCAUCGAACAUAGACAACACAGUUGGACAUAAAUCAAAAUUGGAGCAACGCGAAUUACUUGUAGAGAAUCAUCUGAACAACGCCUGCUUUGCCCAAGUGCACCAUCAGCAACAUCAGCCGCCGCUUAAUCAGCUUCAGCCUCACCAGCCACCUCCAGCUUCAGAGCUAUUGCAGCAUCAGCAACAAUUCCAUGCAAAAGCCACAGCACCCGCGUUGACCGCAACCGUAUUCUACAACGACUCUUAUCAGCAGCAACAACAACAACAGCCCAUAGCAUAUCGCCCGCCCAGACCCACAACUCUGGUGCAUCGCUUAAGCAACAUAGAUAACAAUUGUUCAGGUGUAAAAUUAGUUGAUCUCAUUAGCACCUCGCCGCCCCACCACGAGGAUUCGGCAUCCUUAUUCAGACACUCCAGUGCAGCCGAUGUGCUGCUGCACAACCAGCAAACCAACCAUCUCAGCAAACCCACUUUGGUAUCCCUUCACGGCCAGGAACAACGAGAGCAACAUCGCUAUUCCUACGUCAGCCAGUAUUCGCGUUCCUCAUCCAGUGACGACAGCAGUAGCCUAAGUCUAAGCACUGCGUGUGGCAGUCUACCCGGAGGAAUAGGAGUGCCCUCCGGCACCAACAGUAGCCUUGCCGGUGCCCGAAAUAGCUGCAGCCUCUUUAGCUCGUACAACAACACUUUCGAUGAUGCCGCGGAAAAUUUCAUCAUAAAUUUUCCAGCAGACACGACACCUGGCCAAACUCAAGCCACAGCACAGUCUUCGACAACUAGCAACGAAAUAGUGCCACCACCACCACCAGCGCCACCCCACAGCAGCAGUGAGUUGUACAACUAUUGCCUGCCACUAUCCGAAACCGAGCCCUUGCUUACGAAUAUCGAGGCGACGGUUAAAGACAAACAGCGUUCCAUAUAUUUGCAUAAGAAUAGUGCGUCGCUAAUCUUUACCAAAAAGGAUUUGACAGCACACAGGGUAGGAGGUGCGGCCGCAACCACGCCCACUUCGACAUAUCAGCAACAUCUGCAAUUGCAAACGAAGACCAACAAUAAUGGAAAUGCUUCACUAGCAUCGUUGCCAAACUCAGCAUCCAACACUCAUAGUGUCAGAGGCGCACGCCAAGCACCUUCCCUAGGACAACAUUCCACUUUGCGUUCCUUCUCCGAGGAGAAUCACAAACGAAAGCCCACAAAGCAUUUACCCGCCACAUAUCAUCAGCAGCAUCGACGCAGUUUACAGCUUAAUUACAACAAUAAUCUGGUGACAACAUCCACUUGCGGUCUCCUGGCCAAUAAUAACCACCACCACAACCAUUGCUGCAGCAACUCAAAUAAUCCAAUUCGAGGCAACCCUGACUUUCAGAGCAAUUCGGCUGUGCUGCACAAAACGCAUAACAGCAAUCAAAAUUAUCCAAAGCCACAACAACAGCAACAGCAACACACAACAAAUCAGCAGUCGAAACUUCAGCAUAGGCAACAGCCAUCGCCAACACCAAAUUCUGUUGGCACUCAAAACAACACCAGCAGUGCUUUGGCCAACAACACGGCUGCUGCUACACGCAAACAGUACGCGUACUCUUGGUACGCUCCGGUCUACAGUGCACUUGAGGAGGAACUAGAACACGAUUCUAGGGAUUCCUCUCCAAUCCACAAUCUGGCCACCGCAAAGAAGCAAAACAUUCAUCAAUAUCAUCAUCAUCAUCGUACUCUUGAUCUCAAUUCAUCUUUGUCAGCGGCUGCCAGCGAUACAGAACGUGAGGCCUUGUUAGAAACCCGCAACAACAUCAACAUUCAGGCCCAUUUCGGGGGCUCAGUGGUCAAUCCACUUAAGAGAGACGCUAUUACCAAACAGCUUACCUCCUCCAAAUUAGCACUACAGCACUCACGAAACUCAUCGGCCAAAGGAAGUCUACAGACAGUCAAAGGAUUCGGUCUAAACGGUAGCAGUGGUGGCAGUGGCGGCGGCGGCGGUGGAGAUAUUGCAGCCGUUGAAAGUUUUAACAGUUAUGACUUGGAGGGCCCUCAUGCGGGCUCCUUGGCACUUGCAGGGGGCCCUCAGCCUAGACAUAGACGAUUCGGUAACUUUCUCAAGUCUUUGAUGGGUCUGCGACCUUCAGCCACACAGAAAAAUGCUGGCGACCCUUUACCACCGCCCAACGGAGCCGGACUGGGCGAGACGGAAAGAGGAAACGUUUCACAUAUACCCUCCUCCCCAGAGAUCACAAUAACUCGCACACCCUCGGAACAAAAUAUGGUUGUUAUGCGCGAUCCCAGCGGGCGCCAACCCCUCGACUACAAUGUGGUCUAUAGCAGCCGGGAAAAGUUGGCCAAUGGCCGUGGCGAUCAGAGGCCCAUACAAAGCGGAGGCAGUACCUCUUCGUUGAAUGUGAUGCAACAGAAAUUGUGGAACAUCAUGCGACGAGAGGGUAGUGCAAUAAGCCUGCAUCAGGAGAAAUCCCAAUCUAUUGUGCACUACACGGGCUUGAGGAAAUGUGAGACGGUUAUAGCCUUAACGCGGCAAAAUAGUUCGCCUUGUUCACCGACCCUGUUGGCAGGAGCGGGUUGUGCUGGCGACGGCUCAGCUGGCAUGGCCGGCUAUUCGCAGCAGCACAACGGCAGUGGCGUCUUCAGUGCCAAUGGCGUUGAACAAAUACGUCCAUUAAAUCGACUGAGGAAUAGUGUUUCCAGCAUGAACAACACUUGCUCAAGAUGUUCCAGUCUUCUCUCACUGGCCGCCUCCACUUCUAGGUAUUCGCUGAACAGUGCUAUGGCAAAUCCACAUCCGCAUCAUCAGCACCAGCACCAGCAGUAUCACCAGCCGAUUGCGACAAUGUCGACGACUCACUUUUCACAAUACCAACGCAAUCCUAGUAACGUAAGCAGUAGUAAUCUAAGUAGUACCUAUGGCCACAGUCGAGAUGGUUCCAUUGAGGCCGGUGGCCUCCAGUUUGCUGUGCAAUGCAACAAUCGAGCCAUGUCGUUUUCCAACACCUCGGGAGCCGCGGCGUCUUCGCAUCGCAUCUCCAAUGGCUCAGUUGGCAGUAGAACACCAUCGAUAACCUCACCCACCACCACCAUAACCGCAUCCGCAAUAAAGUCCAUGCCGCCGCCACCCACCGAAAACUCAUUGGCACCACCACCACCACCUCCACCAAUUACUUCGCACGCGUCACUACUUGUACCCCUGGCAACCAGAGAAGAUGCCAGCUUUCCCAUGGAGAAGACAUUGCCGACUCCCCUCACGGCCAUUUCACCACACUUUAGAAUGCAAACAAUGAAAGAGGAAACGACAAACGUUGCCAACAUCAAUGGUCACAAUGAUACUCCGCCUGCUGGCGGUGUGAUUGAUGUUGUGGCCAACAACAGGACUUCCACCACAAACGUAACACCAUCGGCUUCUAACAAUGCAGUGCUGGCCAUCGCAGCAGCACCGUCAUCAUCGUCACCCACAAAGGAAUCCAUAACGCCAACAAUAUUGCAAUGCCCCACUCUGGGCCGCAUUCCUGACUCCACCACCACGACCACCUCAUCUCGUCCCUUCGAGUUGUUCACCUGUAAGCUUUGUCUCAUCGAUGUCGAGGAUGCCAGCAACUCAACGGUAUUGCAUCAAUGCGGCUGUCAAUUCUGUACCGAGUGCAUGAAAGCCUAUGUGGAAUUUGAAAUAUCCGAGGGGGCCUAUGAGAUCUCGUGUCCUGACGCCCAAUGUCCAGAGCAGGGAGCUAUGACUUUGCCGGAAAUAGCCAUGCUUACAACAACCAAUCUAAUGAAAAAACAUCACAGAUAUCGUUUAAAUCGAGAAAUCGAAUUGGAUAAAACACGUACCUGGUGUCCUCGUGCUGGUUGUGAAACUGUUUGUUUGAUAGGUUCAACAAUAUCUUCCGCUCAAACGGAUGUGGCGCCUUCAACGUCAUCAUCGGCAGCAGCUGCCUCAACAAAUGCCUCUACGCUAAGUCCCAGCAGCAGUGGUGGUGGUGGAGGUGAUAUGGCCAUUAGUGCCAAUACUCCUCUGCUAUGUGCUGUGCAGUGUCCUUCGUGCAAGGAUGAGUUCUGCUCAGCUUGCAAGAAAACGUGGCAUCCGAAUAUUACAUGCGAGGAGCAUAGUCGCCGUUUGGCUGCAGAUGGCCAGGAUGAUAUUGGUAUACCAUUCGAUAAUGACCUCAUCAAGUGUUGUCCCAUGUGUGCAGUGCCCAUUGAAAAGGACGAAGGCUGUGCUCAAAUGAUGUGCAAACGUUGCAAGCAUGUCUUCUGUUGGUAUUGUCUAGCCAGUUUGGAUGACGACUUUCUGCUGCGCCAUUAUGACAAGGGUCCCUGCAAGAAUAAACUUGGACAUUCCCGUGCCUCGGUGGUAUGGCAUCGAGCUCAAGUGAUAGGCAUUUUUGCCGGUUUUGGCAUAUUGCUGUUGGUCGCUUCGCCAUUACUUUUACUGGCAGCACCCUGUAUUAUUUGCUGUAAAUGUCGUAGUUGCAGUGGCUCCAAAAUCGAUGAGGGAGAUGUUGAUAUGGAUGAAGCUACAGCGUUACAAAGCCUCAACUAAAAUGUACGACUGCAAUUAUUUUUGUUUUUAUUUCUUAUAGUAUUAGAAAACAAUUUUAAGUUUACUAUAACCUUGAAACUACUUAUUGACACUUGUUCCCAUGCAGAGGGAAACCCCAAAAAGGACAUUAUUUUAGACAGGCCCCAAAGCAGACAACAUAAUAUAUAGGAAGAGAACAAUAAAAUUGUUUUUUAUGUUGUAAAUUUAGCUAAACUAACGAAAAUAAAACAACAAAUCAAAUCCAAUAAAAAGGAACAAAAACAAUAUGAUACUUAUAGUGUAAGGAAUCUAAGAUAUUACCCAUAUUACAUGCGUAUGUACGUUGAUGCUAUAUAAUGAAGAAGAAUGUAUAUGAAAGUGUCAUACAUAUACAUGCCAAUAUAUAUGCUCUUAAAAAUUAAUAACAAAAACUUCAAUUUGUUAUGAACAAAAAAUACAGAUUACUUAAUACAUAUAUCCAUAAAACAAAAAUCAUGUAAAUUCAUUUGUGUUUUCUUUUUUUUUAAUAUUUUUGUUCGUUUAUUAUAAUCUUUCUGUUUUAUUUUUUUCUUUGUUUUUAAUCUAAUAGUUUGUAAACAUACAUUUUUGAUUAAAUAAUUGAUAGAUUAAAUUAUCGUAAAUAAGUGCACGUAUAAUGUUAACUAAAAAAUUGUGAUAUUUACAGUGAUUCGGUUUUGAAUAAUGGAAAUUAUUUAAAUCGAUAGCUUUACACAAAUUAAACAUUAAAAUAGAAACAAACAAAACAAAAAUCAAUAACAAAGAUGAGAUGAAGGUAAAUUGUUUUCUUUUAAUUAUUACUAUAUUGCUUUUUGACUUGUAAAAUAAUGAAUUGUAAUUAACGAAAAAUCCCCAUUUUAUUAAUAACAUGUACCUAUCUACAUACUUGCAUAUGUAUGCAAAACACAUAUGCAAUGUAUUAUAUGCAAAUUGUAAUUACAUUUAACACUAACACACACACACAGACACACAUAUAUAUAUAUAAUAUACAUAGAUACAAUAUAUGGUAUAUAGUCACCGUUCUCCCCUCCCCCAAGUUAAUACAUAAAUAUUUUGUUGAGUUUAAUUAGUCCUAAAACUUGUAAAAUGUAUGCAUUCACUUGAAAAGCUUUCUUUUUACAUUUAAAUAACUAGUUGCAUAAACGCUAAUAAGAAAUGUAUUAAAAACAAAAACAAAUAUAUAUAUAUAUAUAUAAUAAACAAAUAAACGCAAAACUUUUGAGUGUAUAAAUCAGUCAUUGAUGUAUGCAUUUCUAUAUAAGAUGUAUGGCCAAAAAUAUGUUGGUGUUUCCAAAUUAAAAAAAAAAAAAACAA